CACCAUUGAGGGCACCAUUUCCUGAGGAUAUGGAAGAUAAGAGUGGGGUUUGAAAUCUUAAAGGUUUUGUUGUCCAUGAAAGGUUGAAAGUUUUGCAAGCUUUUUUCUGAGUGCUGUGAACCACAUUGUUCUAAGUUUUCUGUUGAGGCGAUGGAUGGGAGGCGGCGUUCGGUCGACAUUCCCAUCACAAGAACUCUAGUUGCACUGAGGAGAGUGAAAUCCCUUAGGGAUCCCACCACAAAUUCGAUGGGCAAACUCUCUGCAUUCGUCGAGAACUCGAAUUGGGAUGCCGAUUCGGGCAGUUUAGGAUUUGGGAAAAACGAGGAUGUCUCGGAUUAUGGUCCAAGAAAACCCAACUCAAGAUUUGUCUCCCAAGAAACCCCCUCUUGGGUUGGGAACGAGGAGUACGAUGAAGGCGUGGGUUCAUCUCACGAGAGGAACGAAGAAGAAGAAGAAGAAGAAGAAGAAGUUGAUGGUUUUGAUUUGGGUAGCAAUGGGUGUGGGAUCAGCUCAUGCUGGUUGGGUACGCCGAGACUCAGAGGAUCAAACCUCCUACAAGAUGCUGAACAGAAGCCACUUCUUUCAUGCCAGGAGCCUAACAAUUUAACUUCAUGCCCAGAAACCACAAGUCUGUACCAGAACAAGUUCAGGCCAAAGAUGUUCGGCGAACUGGUUGGGCAAAACGCCGUUGCAACGGCUCUUAUGAGCAGCGUCGCGAACAAGCAGAUACAUCCCUUGUACCUCUUCCAUGGCCCGCGUGGGACCGGGAAAACGUGCGCGUCCCGAAUCUUCGCAGCUGCAUUGAACUGCCUCUGCCUCUCCCCUCACGAGGAGAAACCGUGCGGUCUUUGCCUGGAAUGCGUGCUCUUCUUCUCUGGAAGGAGAGGGGUUGAUGUCAAGGAAAUCAACUGCUUGAAAACCAGCAGAACGGAACGGGUAAAACGGCUAGUUGCGAAGAGCGCGUGCACCCCCCCACUGUCCUCCAGGUUCAAGGUUUUCAUCUUAGACGAGUGCCAUCUCUUGGGGGAAGAAACUUGGGGGGCUAUUUUGAAUGGCAACUCCCACCAACAUGUUGUCUUUGUAGCGAUCACACCAGACCUCGACAAGCUGCCCCGCGCUGUUGUAUCGCGGGCCCAGAAGUAUUACUUUCCUAAGCUCAAGGAGGAUGACAUUGCGGGCCGUUUGGGGAGAAUAUGUAAGGAGGAAGGAGUUGAGUUUGAUGAUGAUGCUUUGCUGUUCGUAUCGCGUAAAUCAAACGGUUCGCUUCGCGAUGGGGAGAUGAUGCUCGAGCAGCUGAGCUUGCUUGGUAAAAGAAUCACAAUGCCAUUGGUUUACGAGCUAACGGGAGCGGUAUCUGAUGAGGAAUUAAUGGAGCUACUGCUUCUAGCAUUGUCAUCUGAUACUUGUAAAACAGUUAAGACCGCGAGAGAGCUGAUGAGGUCGCGCAUAGAUCCCAUGCAAUUGAUAUCACAAUUGGCAAAUCUCAUAAUGGACAUUCUCUCUGGAAAGAGAGCCAUUGGAGGCCGCUUUUCUGAACUUAGUGCGGCGCAACUAAGCCAUGCUCUGAGAAUACUCUCUGAAACAGAGAAACAAUUGCGAACGUCAAAGAGUCAAACAACAUGGUUGACUGCUGCUCUUGUGCAGCUUAGCUCUGUCGGUUCCUCAGCAGAUUCCAAUGAAGCAAGGGUAGGCAGCAGAACAGUGUACCCUCAAGAGGUGGAUGGCGGUAAUUGUUGCAGCACGUCUUCCUCAACUGGCGAGAGCUUGAAGCACCUUGCAACUCACGUGCGCGAGGGCAGCAGAUCGUGUCAGCUAGGAAUGCAUGAUGAUAAAGAAACUUUGAUGUCUAUAUGGAGUAGGGCUAUUGCGAGGUGCGAAUCCAAUUCGUUGAAGACCUUUUUGCUGAGACGGGGGAGCUUGUCAUCCAUUUGUCUUGAGCAAGGUAUAGCAAUAGCUGAGCUGAAGUUUUCUCGCCCGGAUUAUGUGUCAACGGCUGAGAAGUCAUGGAAGUUGAUUGCCAAUGCACUUCAGCAGACACUCUGCUGCAAUGUGGAGUUAAGAAUCAAUCUUACGGGCGGCGAAAUUUCCCGAAACCGACCCGUACCGAAAAACCCUUCUUUAAGCCUGUUUGGUUGCUCGCGUGGAGCGCGCCACAAACCAGAGUUUUCCUUAGAACUGGGAGGCGAUGGGUCAGAGGCGUCUGAUUUUGGUUCUAGAAAAUCUGUGGAAAAGUGCCCUUCGCAGCGUAUUUCUCAAAAGGAAAUGGUUAGGAGGAGUAUAAGAGACAAUGACGGAAAUGCCCUCAGCGUUGGUGUGGCCGACAACGGCUGGACACCAGAGGAAGAAAAGGACCGUCGUCAUUCUGGCUGUUUUCCCAAAAGGGUGGAUCAUCUAAAGAGAUCGUUCUCGUCGAAUGACUCUAGGGCGAUUCGGUCAUUUCAGCAGCAGCCAUCAAGAAACUUUGCCUUGUCAAUCCUGAAAAAAACAUCAUCUGAAGCACCCUUUUAUGCCGGUGAUCCUCGCCCCAUCUCUUGCAGCCAGCCAAGUAAUUCCUGCCCUGGAAACAAAGACAUUCCGCGCCCUUCAAAGUUUCACUGCUUGAGGACUGUACUUUCGCCAUUCAGGAAGGCGUUGGGAUUGAAGCGCCAUCCUGAAAACGCACAUUUGCAGUUGGUCAUGCCGUGCCCUCCCUCUACAUAGACGAACGGUUUUGGCUAUAGAAGACGCUUUUCGGUCACAAAUUUCUAGAGGAGAAUUGUGAAAUUGAAAUGAACAAUUUUUUUUGUUGGUAUAUAAAUUGAAGGAAGUGUGUGAUCAAAUGAAGUUUGUAUACCUGU